AUGAAAGGAUUUGCGAAAUUUUUCUUAUUUUCUGCAAUUAUCGUCUGUAUUUCAGCUGAUGGAACCUGUCCAGGACCUCUUCCUGCUUUUUGUAUCAGUGGACCAAAUAUCCUUGGCUGUCCGGUGAAUCUCUGUGAUGGACAAGACGGGAAUUGCUAUUGUUCGGAUUGCGAUUUGACGUGUGGAGCGUGUAAAAGUGAUUGCACGACAACCAUGAAACCAAUAACCAUUCCACCGACAACCCCGGCACCAACAACUCCAGUCAAUCCAGAUUGCAAAGAUGCGUCUGCCAAUUGUGCCCAAUGGGUUCCAUCGGGUUUCUGCGCAAAUCCGAGCUACACGGAUAAACAAAAGAAAGAUUAUUGUGCGAAGAGUUGUGGACUCUGCAAUUGCAAUGAUAAUUCGGCACAAUGUGACGAUUGGGUGAAGGGCGGUUUCUGUGAGAAUCCCUCAUACACAGUCGAUCAAAAGAAACAGUAUUGUGCGCUGAGUUGCUCGUUGUGUUCAGCUGGCGCUGCAACCACACCAGCAACCACACCAGGAACGUGUAAAGACAGCUCAGCCAGUUGCCCAACUUGGGUUUCAAACGGCUUCUGCACCGAUCCCAAAUACACGCCAGAACAAAAGAAACAAUAUUGUGCGAAAAGUUGUAAUCUGUGC